CUACUACCAUCUCUGCGCAAAAUUUGCAGUUCUCUUUUUGUUUAAACUGUGCGACUGAAUUUGCUUUCCCAAAAAUUUCAUCUUCAGCUAAAUCAGAACAUCAACCCUAAAAUGAGAAACACUUUGUGAAAUCUUGAAAGUUUAAGUUCUGAAUUCAACUGCGGUGGCAUUGUGGUCGUGUCUACGGUUUCAAACAGUCACCGGAAGUGCCGGUGGAGCAAUUCCUGCUGAAACUGAGUUGGGUCAUCCCCAUUUACUUCAACUUCAAGAUUUGAGACGAAUUACAUGGAUUCAGCCGCUGCAAUUUCUUUAUGCCCAUCAACUCCUGGUUGGAAUCUCGAUCGUCCCUUUCUUACUGGCCAAUUUUAUCAGGAAACAAAGAUUUCGUCUGGAACUACUGAAUACAAGGGGUUUUCUGCGGACUCAAGUUCCGGAGCAGAUAAAGCUAUAGGUUGUUACCAUGCCACCAUUCAGGAAUUGAUUGUUAUUGAUGAUCUUCUAUCUACCCUUAUUGGAAUUGAAGGACGCUAUAUUUCUAUCAAGAAAGUCCGAGGGAAGGAGGAUGACAUAACCUUUCAGGUUGAUGCAUCUAUGGAUUUAGCUCUUCAGGAGUUUGCAAAAAGGCUGUUCCCGUUAUGCGAAAGUUAUAUCUUGAUUAACCAGUUUGUGGAGACAAGGUCACAGUUCAAGACAGGCCUAGUCAAUCAUGCCUUUGCUGCAGCUCUAAGGGCACUCCUCCUUGACUACCAAGCAAUGGUGGCACAGCUUGAACAUCAAUUUCGCUUAGGAAAACUUUCCAUACAAGGAUUAUGGUUUUACUGCCAGCCAAUGAUGGGUUCGAUGCAAGCACUGUCUAUGGUGGUGAAAAAGGCUGCAGCGGAUAACUGUGUUGGUUCUGCAGUCCUUAACCUCUUGCAAAGCCAGGCAAAGGCAAUGGCUGGUGAUCACGUAGUGAGGUCUUUGCUGGAAAAGAUGUCACAAUCAGCAAGCACUGCAUAUCUUGGAAUAUUAGAGAGGUGGGUGUAUGAAGGAGUGAUAGAUGAUCCUUAUGGUGAAUUCUUUAUUGCUGAGAACAAGUCUCUUCAGAAGGAGAGUCUUACUCAAGAUUAUGAUGCCAAGUACUGGCAACAACGUUACAGCCUGAAAGAUGAAAUUCCUAGCUUCCUUGCAAAUGCAGCAGAAACAAUUUUGAUCACUGGAAAAUAUUUAAAUGUCAUGAGAGAGUGUGGACAUAGCAUUCAGAUCCCUGUGGCAGAAAAGUCAAAGUUGACAAGUGCAGGCUCAAAUCAUCACUAUUUGGAGUGCAUCAAGUCUGCUUAUGAUUUUGCCAGUGGCGAACUAUUAAAUCUUGUUAAAAACAAGUAUGAUCUCAUGGGUAAACUGCAAUCUAUUAAGCACUAUCUUCUUCUUGAUCAGGGUGAUUUCUUAGUGCACUUCAUGGAUACAGCUAGAGAGGAGCUCAUGAAGAAGCCUGAUGAGAUAUCUGUGGAGAAGCUACAGUCUCUUCUAGACCUUGCUUUGCGAUCUACUGCAGCUGGUGCAGAUCCUUGCCAUGAGGACUUGUUAUGUUGUGUGGAGAGGACUACUUUAUUGAAAAGAUUGAGUACAUUGAAAGAUCUUGAGAUCAGCCGGUCUGCUCCAGAUAGCAAUGAUUUAGAGGAGCCACUGAGCAUAACUGGCUUGGAAACUUUUUCUUUGAAUUACAAGGUUAGAUGGCCCUUAUCUCUUGUAAUAUCACGGAAAGCCUUGACAAAAUAUCAGUUGAUUUUCAGAUUUCUAUUUCACUGUAAGCAUGUUGAUAGGCAACUCUCUGGGGCAUGGCAAGUACAUCAGGGUCUCCGCAAGCUUGACAUGCAAGGAACUACAGUUUCUGUAUCAUCUUUGUUAUGUCGCAAUAUGCUGAAGUUCAUAAAUAGUCUCUUACACUAUUUGACAUUUGAGGUGCUUGAACCUAACUGGCAUGUAAUGCUCAAUAGACUUCAAACUGCGAAAAGCAUUGAUGAGGUUAUCCAAUACCAUGACUUUUUUCUUGACAAGUGCUUGAGGGAAUGUGUGCUUCUAUCACCAGCCCUUCUUAAGAAGGUGGAGAGGUUGAAAUUAAUAUGUCUGCAAUAUGCAGCUGCAAUGCAACGGCUGAUUACCUCCUCGUUGGAUACUACUGACAAUGACACAUUGUCUAAUGAUUCUCCCAGUAUAGAAAAAUAUAAGAACUUGAAACUAAGGACCCCAUAUCAGAUGCUGAGACUAGCUCCUGAAAACGUCACAGUAUUAGAAUCCGUUCUGAAAUUUGAGAAGGAAUUUUCGUUUGAGCUUCACAGCCUGGGACCGAUAUUAAGCAGUGGCUCUCGAGCAGAACCAUACUUGACUCAUCUUGCACAGUGGAUCCUUGGUGUGGGAAAAGACCAGUAAGCUGAUUGUUUUUUGUUGCCUACAAACUUUAGUUUUAAAAUUGCAGUUUUAGUAAUCUUUCUUUUUAUUUAUGUCUGUUCGAUUUCUUUUUCUUCUUAAAUACUCGGUUGAGCUUGUAGAGUGUGAUCAUUGUGAAAUCAAAUCAAGCUUUUCUUAUUUAUUUA